GAAUAAAUGAUAACUUAUACUACUAUCAAAUAUUUCGCAUUAAAACAAUCAUAUUGAUAUCAUUUUACCCGUGAAUAUUUAAUUUAUUGAAGUUCUGGGAAUAGUUUUUUUUCCUUCUGAUCUCACUAUUUAUUCAACGAAUCGAAUCAUAUCUAUCAUAUGAUGGAAAUUAUGAUAUCCUUAUAAAUGAUGAAGUGAUCGGGAGUUAUGCUGGAUCUGGAUCAUUUGGAGAGUUAGCACUUAUGUACAAUACACCUCGAGCAGCUACAAUUAUUGCAAAAACAGAUGGUGUACUAUGGUCUGUGGAUCGAGCAACAUUUCAACACAUAGUACUUAGACAAGCUUUCCUUAAACGACAACUUUAUGAAACCUGGUUAUCUUCUGUUCCACUUUUAAGAAGUUUAAGUGUAUAUGAACGUGGAAAUUUAGCUGAUGCCUUAGGAAGUCAUACUUAUGAAGAUGGUGCAUGGAUUAUUCAAGAAGGUGAACCAGGUGAAGAAAUGUAUUUCAUUGAAGAAGGAUGUGUAGAAAUAUCUGCUAAGAAUUGUAAAGGAGAAGAAGUUGUACUUAAACAGUUGCAUAAAAACGACUAUUUUGGUG